AUGAAUAAAUCUGAAAAUGAUAUUCAAAUUCUAAACGAUACAACUAGACCUUUAAAUAUUUUUCAUCGAUCAAUUCGAAUAAUAUCCAGAUUUGCAAAUUGUAUUUGUCGACGUCAAACUAAAUUACAACAUACAGAUUCAUCUCUUGAAAAGUUAACUCCAAAAGAUAAAGAUAAGAAAAGUAGUGAACAUUGGGUUUUUGAUCCACAAGAAUCAUUUUAUUAUUAUUGGUCAUCAAUUGUUUCAAUAGCAGUUCUCUAUAAUACAGUCACACUUAUUGGUCGUAGUGCAUUUCUUCUUCUUCAAGAACGUCUUUUAAUUGUUUGGCUUAUUUGUGAUUAUCUUUGUGAUAUAUGUUAUAUUUUAGAUACACUUAUACAAACACGAAAAGGUUAUCUCGAACAAGGUCUUAUUGUUCAUGAUUUAGUAAAAUUACGAAAACAUUAUAUACAAAAUCCAACAUUUAUAUUAGAUAUUCUUUCAUUAUUACCAACAGAUUUUUUAUAUUUUAUUCCAAAACUUUAUCUUUUACCAUCAUUACGUUUUAAUCGAUUAUUUCGUCUUUAUCGUUUUGUAGAAUUUUCUGAUAAAGUUGAAACACAAACAAAUCAUCCAAAUAUAUUUCGUCUUGUUUCAUUAUUAACAACUAUACUUAUUUUAAUACAUUGGAAUGCAUGUUUCUAUUUUAUCAUUAGUCGAUGGAUUGGUUAUUCAACUGAUCCAUGGGUUUAUAAUAUGACAGCACCAACAGGUACAACAUUAACAACACAAUAUAUAUAUUGUUUCUUUUGGUCAACACUUGUAUUAACUAAUAUUGGUGAAGUACCUCCACCUGAAUCAGAUGUUGAAAUUCUCUUUGUUACAGCUGAUUUUCUUAUGGGUGUAAUAGUUUUUGCUACUAUUGUGGGUAAUGUUGGUUCAAUUAUUGCUAGUAUGAAUACUACACGUGCUGAUUUUCGUCAAAAAGUUGAUCAAGUUAAAUCAUAUAUGGAAUUUCGAAAAGUUGGAGCAGAACUUGAACGACGUGUUAUUACUUGGUUUGAUUAUUUAUGGUUACAAAAACAAGUUACUAACGAAGAUGAUAUAUUAGAAUCUUUACCAGAAAAAUUACGUGUCGAAAUAGCUAUACAUAUACAUUUAGCUGCAUUAAGACGUGUACCAAUUUUUUCUGAAGCUCAAUCUGGUUUACUUGUUGAACUUGUGACAAGACUUAAAUUACAAAUUUUUAGUCCAGGAGAUUAUGUUUGUAAAAAAGGUGAUAUUGGUAAAGAAAUGUAUAUAAUUAAACGUGGACGAUUGAGUGUUGUAUCUGAUGAUGGAACAAAAGUAUUUGUUACACUAGAAGAGGGAAGUGUUUUUGGUGAAAUAUCUAUUCUAAAUAUUCCAGGAAGUAAAUCUGGUAAUCGUCGUACAGCUAAUAUUCGAAGUGUUGGUUAUUCGGAUUUAUUUUGUUUAACAAAACAAGAUCUUUGGGAAGUCGUAGCUGAAUAUCCAUCAGCUCGUGAUACAUUACUUGAACGGGGAAAAGCACAUUUACGAAAAGAUAAUUUAUUAGAUGAAGAUGCAGCACAAACAGCUCAACAAGAUCAAGAAGCUCUACCAGAUAAAGUAGCAGAAAUACAAGAGAAUAUUGAUAAAAUAGAAACACGUAUUGCACGUAUUAUGGGUGAAUAUAAAGCAAAUAUGAAUGCACUUGGUCAACGUUUACAAAUCAUUGAACAUUUAGCUGAAGAAAAACAUGGCGUUUUAAUUGAUGAUAAACAUAACCAACAAAAUACUCUCGAUCUUAUCAAUAUAGGAACUAAUGACAAUAAUACUUGA